AACUCAACAGUUCAGAUUUUGCGUUAUGUGUACAAUAACUUCAAGUCUGUCAUGGGUUAUGUGUAUGUGUUCCUGUUUCUUCUAAAGAGGGGAGCAGGGCGUGGGUCUAUGACUCUGAUUAGAGCAGAUGAAUGGAGGCGCAGCGCGGUGCUCUAAAACUUGCUCCUAAGUUUCUGUGGCUAUGACUAUAGGCUGCUGGGGAGAAGGAUGGGACUUGGCUCCUGGGCCUGCCAACAGGGAAGCAGAGGCAGAAAUACUUGGCUUUGAAGAUGAGGUUGGCUCUUUAAGUUGAGGGAAGGAAGUAAGUGGUUGGGGCACCUCUUCAUGAUGCAUUUCGGUUUUGCAAAAAGAGAGUCCCUAUUCUCAGACUUAAAGAAUGCUUAGGGCUCACUAAUUUUCACUUCAUUUAUUCCAGCAGAUGCCAGAGAGCAGCAAAUGAAGCGUAUGUUGAUAGCAGGACCUUCCCUUCCUCUUUCCUCCCUUGGUUCCUAAAGUCCCCUCCAUUGGCCCAGGAAGCCCACCCUGCCCUACGACGCAGAGCACAGAAAGAAAAGGAGCCCCAUGCCUGAGCCGAAGGGAGCACCAUGGAUCUGACAAAGAUGGGCCUGAUUCAGCUGCAGAACCCCAGCCAUCCUACAGGGCUGCUGUGCAAGGCCAACCAGAUGCGACUGGCUGGGACUUUAUGUGACGUGGUCAUCAUGGUGGACAGCCAGGAAUUUCAUGCCCACCGGACAGUGCUGGCCUGCACCAGCAAGAUGUUUGAGAUCCUUUUUCACCGGAACAGCCAGCACUAUACCCUGGACUUCCUCUCGCCAAAGACCUUCCAGCAGAUUCUGGAGUAUGCAUACACGGCCACGCUGCAGGCCAAGGCGGAGGACCUGGACGACCUGCUAUAUGCAGCCGAGAUCCUGGAGAUCGAGUACCUGGAGGAGCAGUGCCUGAAGAUCCUGGAAACCAUCCAGGCCUCAGAUGACAAUGACACAGAGGCCACCAUGGCUGACGGCGGGGCCGAGGAAGAGGAGGACCGCAAGGCUCGGUACCUCAAGAACAUCUUCCUCUCGAAGCAUUCCAGCGAGGAGAGUGGGUAUGCCAGUGUGGCUGGACAGAGCCUCCCUGGGCCCAUGGUGGACCAGAGCCCUUCAGUUUCCACCUCAUUUGGUCUCUCAGCAAUGAGUCCCACCAAAGCUGCAGUGGACAGCUUGAUGACCAUAGGACAGUCUCUGCUGCAGGGAACUCUGCAGCCUCCUGCAGGGCCUGAAGAGGCAACGUCAGCGGGGGGUGGGCGGCACCCCGGGGUGGUUGAGGUAAAGACAGAGAUGAUGCAGGUGGAUGAGGCACCUGGCCAGGACAGCCCUGGGGUAGCUGAGUCCAGCAUCUCAGGAGGAAUGGGGGACAAGGUGGAGGAAAGGGGAAAAGAGGGGCCUGGGACACCGACCCGCAGCAGUGUCAUCACCAGCGCUAGGGAGCUGCACUACGGGCGAGAGGAGAGUGCUGAACAGCUGCCGCCGCUAGCUGAGGCUGGCCAGGGUCCCCCUGGACGGCCAGAGCCCCCAGUGCCCCCAGCGGAGAAACAUCUGGGCAUCUACUCUGUGUUGCCCAACCACAAGGCUGAUGCCGUGUUGAGCAUGCCAUCUUCGGUGGCCUCGGGCUUGCAUGUGCAGCCUGCCCUGGCUGUCUCCAUGGACUUCAGCACCUAUGGGGGCCUGCUGCCCCAGGGCUUCAUCCAGAGGGAGCUGUUCAGCAAGCUGGGCGAGCUGGCCGUGGGCAUGAAGUCAGAGAGCCGGCCCCUUGGGGAGCAGUGCAGCGUGUGCGGGGUGGAGCUUCCUGACAACGAGGCUGUGGAGCAGCACAGGAAGCUGCACAGUGGGAUGAAGACGUACGGGUGUGAGCUCUGCGGAAAGCGCUUCCUGGAUAGUUUGCGACUGAGAAUGCACUUACUGGCUCACUCAGCGGGUGCCAAAGCCUUCGUCUGUGAUCAGUGUGGCGCACAGUUCUCGAAGGAGGAUGCCCUGGAGACACACAGGCAGACCCACACUGGCACGGACAUGGCUGUCUUCUGCCUGCUGUGUGGGAAGCGCUUCCAGGCACAGAGCGCGCUGCAGCAGCACAUGGAGGUGCACGCGGGUGUGCGCAGCUACAUCUGCAGCGAGUGCAACCGCACCUUCCCCAGCCACACUGCCCUCAAGCGUCACCUGCGCUCACACACAGGUGACCACCCGUACGAGUGUGAGUUCUGUGGCAGUUGCUUCCGGGAUGAGAGCACACUCAAGAGCCACAAGCGCAUCCACACCGGAGAGAAGCCCUACGAGUGCAACGGCUGUGGCAAGAAGUUCAGCCUCAAGCACCAGCUGGAGACGCACUAUAGGGUGCACACAGGUGAGAAGCCCUUUGAGUGCAAGCUGUGCCACCAGCGCUCCCGGGACUACUCGGCCAUGAUCAAGCACCUGAGAACACACAAUGGCGCCUCGCCCUACCAGUGCACCAUCUGCACGGAGUACUGCCCCAGCCUGUCCUCCAUGCAGAAGCACAUGAAGGGCCACAAGCCCGAGGAGAUCCCGCCCGACUGGAGGAUAGAGAAGACGUACCUCUACCUGUGCUACGUGUGACGGGAGCGAGAGCCAGGAAAGACAAGUCAGAGCGAGACGAAGUCGAGGGAGGACUGUGCAAAGGAAAAAAACGAUAAAAAGAGAAAAAGAAAAGAAAAAGAAAAUGAGAGAGAAGGGAAAGGAAACCUCAUCACUAUUUGGCGUUUGAUUCUCUCUAGGGCUCUGGGUGACCUGGAUACCAAGCCACUGUCCUUUCCCAGGGGGCCUCUGCCCUCCGUGGAGGCUGGAGGCUCGCUUGGUUUUCAGGGGGUGUUAGAGGUGGUUUCAUUCACUUCCAUGGUGGCAUAUUUUUCUCCUCCCUCCACCCAAACCCUCCAUCUGUGUCUAAAAUCAGGGCUGGGAAGCGCAUGGGAAAACCUGGUCAGAGCCACCUUCUGGCAUUGUCCCCCGUCGCCUCCUCAGAAGAUGGAGGGAGGGGAGCAGAGGGGCCCAGAGGGUGGGGGCCCCUGGUAAUGCUGGCCCAGAUGGUGGGGGGCCCCUGGUAAGGCAGCUCCUGUGUUCUGGGGGCUGAGAAGGCUCUCUCCUCACCACUCUGUUGCUUUCCUGUGCCCUGCCACAUUGGGCGCCCCUCAAGGUCUCUGAGAGCCUCCUAGGUCUCCCCCGGCUUGCUCCCUUUGGCUGCUGCCCUCCAGGAUUUAGGAGCUCCCAGCCCCUUAGAGAUCUGGGCAGUGUCUCCUUCCUGCUCUGGUUCCUCAUGGGACAGCUGCGACCUGCUCCAGAGCCACUUCCUCCCCUUGGCUUUUUGAGUACUUAGAACAAAAUACAUUGGGUAUCUACCUGGGCCAUCCCCCACCUUGAUCGAGAUUCCUGAUGAGCUGUUUCUGCUUCCAAAAUGGAAAAACAUGACACCUAAAUAUGUUCCAUCCCACCAGCCAAACAAACACAGACUCCUACAACCUUUAGUCCCCAGGGGAAGGGAUCCGUGAAAGGGCUCCUCAUCCAAGGGAGAGAUACAGAUAGCCUUUGCAGAGGUGCCCACAUCCGGAGGAGGGAACAGACACCCGCCCCCAGCCCAGGGAGGGGGAGCUGGCCAGGGGAGGAACUUGCUGUCAUGCUGGGGACCCUUUCAAGUGCAGGGCUUAGGGAACCCCAGACCCCGUGAGCCCAGCAGGAGAGCCGAGGCCCAGGCAGCAGCCCUACAGGGUUGCUGGCUCACAGGUGCCUGGUCCACAGCGGGGAGGAGGAAGAAACUGAAAGCGCUUUGGCCUUGUGUGUGUCUUGCUUAUUUUCUGUGUCCUCUGUUAGCACAUUGUACUUGAAUUACCUCAGUUUUUUUUGUGACCUCAUGAGCUUUUUAACCCUAUUAUCUUUUUUUUUUUUUUUGGUAAGGGGUUGGAGGAAUGGGGAGGGUAUUCUCUUUUGUGUUUUGUGUAAAUUAAUAGCUAGCUUUGGAUGUCAGCUGGCCAAGGCCCCGCCAUCACCCUGGUCACCAGCCUCCUGGCUGCACGUUGCUGGCAGGAGUGUAAUACUCAGGAUUUAUGUAUGAGGGCCAGGGAGGCUGGGGGUGGGUCAGGGGGACGGUGUUAGGGUCUCACUGCCUCCCCAGGGCACGCAGAAGUCACUGUUGGUUCUGUCCAGAGCUCAAACCGUCUGCGCCCAGCAUGAGUUCAGCCUGACUGAAAGAUGCUAGAGCCCACCCACCGUCCUCACAGCUCGUGGGUCAUUCAGGCUGGGGGCCGAAGUGGCUGGAUCCCUGUAGACUCCGUGGUCCCGCUUCUGUGUGCACGGUCAUUGCCAAAAGCAGUGUAAGCAGUGUAUGGCGGGUUGGGGUGGCCCAGCCUUGGUUUUGUUGUGUUGGGGGGGGUUAUUUUUCUUAAAGCUACCUCUUAUGUUUGUUCACUUACUCUUCUGUUCUCGUGUCUCCCCUCUACCGCUCUGCUCCCUAAUCCCACCCGCCUCUCGAUUUUUGGAAAGCACAUUUGUAAUACUUGUGUUGGCUUUGGGAUGGGCCCUGUGUUUCAUCUCAUGGUUUAUGUGUAAGAGCUGUUUUUUUUUUUCCUCUUUCCUUUUUCUCUCUCAGAAGGUUGCGGCUGCAGUGUGAUCUUAGGUUUUUAAGAGGUGGCGAAGGGAAGCGGUUUUGGAGAGAAAGGUUGCGAGGUGUCCGGGGAAGUCAGAGGGAUGGUGCUGCUGUGAUCACCCCCUGCCCCCCAUCCCCACCCCCUUCCCUCCUUCCAUCUUGUCCACCAAAUCUGAAGGCCUUAAAAAGUGUGUGUUAGGGGAAUGUGGAUUGGGCGUGUGGUAUCACUAGACUGUGGAUUCGGGGUGAUAAAGUCAAGAGGAUACUAAUUUGCAACUAUAAUAAUGACAGUGCUUUGGAAAGGAAAAAGUUAAACUUGAAAUUUGCGAUUAGAGCAGUUGUCAUGUUCAUAAUGUGAAAAGCGCAAACUCUUCGGGGCGGAGGCGGUAAAGACCCACGAUGCACUUCUGCCCCCAGUCAGUCAGGGGAUCGGAAAUACCAGAAACAGCAUUUUAACAGCAAGACGUCGUUCAACACUGGUGGGGAAGGGGGGAAAGAUCAAACUACUCCAUAGAACUAGCUGGCCCCUCGCUCCCCCACCCUGCCUCCUCAGCCUGGUCCCCUCAUUCAUAAAAGCUGAGAGGGCUGAAUUACUCUUUACAAAUUGUAAUAUUUUUGUAGUGUUUGUUAGUUCCUCUGUCAGUUCUACAGGACCUUGCCCUUUCCUUUUGUAAUGUGAAUAGGAAAACAAAAGAAAAAAACAACAAAAAAAAUCACCACCAUCGCAACCAACAACAAGUUAUCCCUUUGUACGUGUGUACAUGUGCGCGUGUGCUCCAUGUGUGUGGUGGUGUGUUAAAUCAUGAGGUAUUUUGUAAUGUGGUGUUGCGGCACUGGAUGGUACUCACCCAGCACCUGCCUGGCCCACCCCGCCUGGAGGGCUCCGCAGAUCCCAGUAGGGGGUGCAGGCAGCUCUUGAGGGAGACGGGGUGCCUGUGUACUUGUGAUAUACCCGCCAAAGCCCGGUACACCUCUGCUCCACCUUCCUGCCCUAAAAGGCAAAACUGUUCUCCAGUUGCCAAGCUUUCUGGGCCAGCAAGGGCGGGGUGGGAAGCUGCCUGGAGCGCGGGCUUGGGGAGACCAGGAGUGUGAAGGUGGCUCCCUGGCCAGAGGAGCUUGGGGUGUUUACUCCCCCACUCCUCUGCCAUCUGGCCCCUCCUGCCACCAGCUGCCUGUAGCUGUGGUCCUGCAAAAUCGUAGCUCGCUACUGCCUUAUCCUGCACAGUCGCCCUUCUCCAGACUGGAGAGCCCCUUUCCCAGGCCAGGCUCCUACAAGUGUGUCCCUUAAUGCUUUCUGUGACGUUUACCCUUGACCCAUGUGCUCCUUCCCUAAUUCUUCACCCAUUCAAAGCCUAAAAAUCCUAUAUGUAUAUAGGAUAGACAAAUAUAUAUAGAGAGAGAUAUAUAUAGCAAGAGAGAGAUAUAAAUAGUAAAUAUCAUUGCUGCUUUGGGCUGCUUUGGAGGAGGCCACAAACACAAGGCAGGCAGAUCUGGAGUGCAGGGGUGCGUUGGGAGGCUGGGGGACCCAGUGAUUCAGUACAAUCCAGGGGUGUAACACGGGCUUGUUGAAUCCUUGUGCCUGAACCGUUUUUCCACGUUGAGAAAAAAAAAAAGACAAAAAAAACCUGCUGCAUUUUUUCACAAGUGUAUGGUACCUUUCUGGACGCUAUGUAUGGGUACGUGUGCUGUGGGAGGAGAAAGCCCCUGGGCACCUCCUUAGCAGGGGGACUUCGGACCAGUUCCCCGGCAAGCUGAAGCAGGCUGGAAGCAGGGGUGGGGGAACACGAGUCACGGGAGCGGAAGAGAUGAGAUCCUCUUGGUCAUUUCUCCUAGGCCUGUGUGAUUGCCAUCUUCCCCUCCCAUCUGGGCUCCUGCUUCCUCGAGCUUCUGCAGGCUUGGCCGGAGUGGUGGCACUUACAUGGGGGUUUCAGCGGGGGCACUCGCUGUGGGACUAACCUACACAGUGGGACUGGCAGGUAGUGGCAGAGGCAGCGACAGCCAAGAGAGGGGUACAGGACAGACCCAGGGAGGCCGGGUCAGGGAAGGCCCCGUGGGCUUGCUGGCCAGCAGCCGCAGCCUCCCCGUGUCCCCGGCUCGCUCUGCAGACAGGGUCCCGGCCUCCCGGUGUGUAUCAUAGUAUUCAUUCACAUAGUGUUAUGCAUGAUCCUCGUAAGGUUAAGAAGCCGUGGUGGUGCGCCGUGCCAUCCGCCCAUAUAUAUAAAGAUAAAUAUAUAUAUAUGUAUGUAAGUUAUAGCACUGGGGGCCCUGACGCCCUGCUGGACCAAGCAAAACUAAGCCUUUUGGUUUGGGUAUUAUGUUGCAUUUCGUUUGUGUUUGUGGCUUGUCUUACGUCGUCGUGACAGCACAAGUGCCAGUCCGAUUGCUCUGUAUUACAGAAUAGUGUUUUUAAUUCAUCAAUGUUCUAGUUAAUGUCUACCUCAGCGCCUCCUCUUAGCCUAAUUUCAGGAGGUUGCCCAAUUUUGUUUCUUCAAUCUUACUGGUUACUUUUUGUACAAAUCAACCUGUCGGCCCUCACCUCCUUCCUCCGCUCUCUUUCCUUCCCUUUCUCCCUCUGUCCCUCUCUCCCUCCUCUCCUGGCUCCUGCCAUCUCCUCUCCUCCCCUCCCACCUCUCUCCUGCUUUCCUGGUCUCUCUCCCUUUCUCUCUUGCUGGUCUCUCCUUCCUCCUUCUGCUCCCCUCCCCUCUCUGGGGCUCCCCCAACCCCCUUCCCCUGUUCCUCAAGUUGUGCUUGGCUGCUUUCUGUUCUCUCAAAGUUCACUCGAAGUUGUGCGGUCCUGGUUGCAGUAUUCCGCAUCUGCCUUCGUUUCGUGUAGAUGGAUGCGUUUCUUUGUAACUUCAGUGUUUCUGACAAGAUUUAAAAGAAAAAAGGAAAAAAAAAAAAGAAAGAAAGAAAAAAAAUGAAUUUACCGCUGCAGGUUUUUUUCUCUCUCCAUGUGUCACUAAGUGAAGUUUGUGCCUUCUAUAGCAAAGAGAAUAUUUUUUACAUCCUACUAACAGUAGAUUUUUUUGUAGUGAACAUUUUUUGUAUUUUUAUUUAUAAGUCUCAUAAGAAAAAUAGCAAUGUUCAGUUGUAUACCUUGAAUCUGCAGUUAGAAGAAAAUAAAGUUAAUUCAGUUGUCUCCA